ACCCACCCUAGCGAACGCCGUUAGUAACUACAUUUCAUAUAUCCCCAAGGGGCCUGUGUUCAUCGGCACGAAGCGCGAAGAUGCAGAUAUUCGUGAAAACCCUAACCGGGAAAACCAUCACUCUCGAGGUCGAGAGCAGUGAUACCAUUGACAAUGUCAAGGCUAAGAUCCAAGAUAAGGAAGGGAUUCCUCCGGAUCAGCAGCGAUUGAUCUUUGCAGGAAAGCAGCUUGAAGACGGCCGAACCCUCGCUGAUUACAACAUCCAGAAAGAGUCUACUCUUCAUCUGGUACUGAGGCUCAGGGGAGGAAUCAUCGAGCCCUCUCUAAUGGCUUUGGCUCGCAAGUACAAUCAGGAGAAGAUGAUUUGCCGCAAGUGCUACGCCCGCCUCCAUCCCAGAGCUGUAAACUGCCGUAAGAAGAAGUGUGGGCACAGCAAUCAGUUGAGGCCUAAGAAGAAGAUCAAGUAGACUCUGAAUCUGAUGGAGAGGUUGCUGAUCUGCUGCGGUAGUGCUUGUGUUCUUGGCCUUUCAUUUUUUGCUUGUUUAGCUGUGUUGUUGAAGUAGCAUGAAUACAGAACUAUGAGCAAUUUUUUUUUUUUGUAAACAACGGAAUCUCCAGUUUCUCCAAUAUGUUUUAUCAUCCAAUCUCUUGCUACCAAAUCUAACAGUGAGCAAAUUGACCCCCCAAA